GAACUCCCUUCACCCUUUUGUAUAUUUUCUCGUUCUUUCUUUUCUUCUUCUUCUUCCUUCGCGUGCAAAAAAAAAGAAGAUUACUGUUUCUUCUUUAACCUUCUGAGAUUUGGCUCUGUUUGGUUGAUCUGUUUUGCAAUCCGCGGUUGGAAUUCUUGCUCGUUUUUCAUGCCUUUGUGAAUUCCAUUCGAGAGAUGAAGAGGUCUAGAGAUGAUGUUUACAUGAGUUCACAACUCAAACGCCCCAUGCUGUCUUCUAGAGAAGAACCCUCGAGGCAACCCCAGGUGAUGAGUGAUGGUCAGAAACUAACCACAAACGACGCCUUAUCAUAUCUAAAGGCAGUAAGAGAAAUGUUUCAAGAUAACAAGGAAAAGUAUGAUGACUUUUUGGAAGUUAUGAAGGAUUUCAAGGCCCAAAGGUAUGUUCAUGGUGUACUUCAUAGAGUGAAGGAGCUGUUCAAAGGCCAUAAAGAUUUAAUUUUGGGAUUUAACACCUUCUUGCCAAAGGGAUAUGCAAUCACACUUCCAUUGGAAGAAGAUGAACAGCCUCCACAGAAGAAGCCCGUUGAAUUUGAAGAAGCUAUCAAUUUUGUGGGCAAGAUUAAGAUUCGUUUUCAAGGCAAUGAUCGUGUUUACAAGACUUUUUUGGACAUAUUAAAUAUGUACAGAAAAGAAACCAAGAAUAUCAACCAGGUUUACCAAGAGGUUUCUGCCCUCUUCCAAGACCAUGAGGAUCUUCUUGAGGAGUUUACUCAUUUUCUUCCUGAUACUUCAGGAACAGCCUCUACUCACUUUGCUUCUGCUCGAAAUUCUCUCCUUCGUGAUAGGAGUUCUGCAAUGACAACAGUGAGGCAAAUGCAUGUUGACAAGAGAGAAAGGACAACAGCUUUGCACGGUGACCGUGAUCUCAGCGUUAAUCAUCCUGAUCCAGAACUUGACAGAGGUUUGAUGAGGCCUGAUAAGGAGCAGAGAAGACGCGAGAGAGAAAAGGACCGUAGAGAAGAGAGAGACAGGAGAGAACGGGAAAGGGAUGAUAGAGAUUAUGAUAAUAAUGAUGGUAGUCGAGAGCGUUUAUCCCACAAGGGAAAAUCUGGUCAUAGAGCUAUAGACCCUGGUACUGAGCCAUUGCAUGAUGCAGAUGAAAAGUUUGACAUGCACCCUAUCGCGUCCGCUUGCGAGGAUAAAAGUUCUUUGAAAAGUAUGUGUAGUCCAGUGCUUGCUUUCCUUGAAAAAGUCAAGGAGAAAUUAAGCAAUCCUGAGGAUUACCAGGAAUUUUUGAAGUGCCUACAUAUCUACAGCAGGGAAAUAAUCACCCGGCAAGAACUACUUGCAUUGGUGGGCGAUUUACUGGGAAAAUAUACUGAUAUUAUGGAUGGGUUUGAUGAUUUUGUGACACAAUGUGAAAAGAAUGAAGGAUUCCUUGCCGGUGUCAUGAAUAAAAAAUCCUUGUGGAAUGAAGGACAUGGACCGAAACCAGUGAAGGUAGAGGACAAGGACAGGGACCGUGACAGGGAUGAUGGGGUGAAAGCAAGGGAUCGUGAAUGCCGAGAAAGAGACAAAUCCACUGGAAUUGCCAAUAAGGAUGUUUCUAUUCCUAAGGUGUCGUCUCUAAGCAAAGACAAGUAUGUAGGAAAACCUAUAAAUGAGCUGGACCUUUCUAACUGUGAACAAUGCACUCCCAGUUACCGUCUUCUACCAAAAAAUUACCCAAUACCGUUAGUUAGCCAGAGGACUGAACUUGGUGCCAAAGUAUUGAAUGAUCACUGGGUUUCUGUCACAUCAGGAAGUGAGGAUUAUUCCUUUAAACACAUGCGCAAAAAUCAGUAUGAAGAGAGCUUGUUUAGAUGCGAAGAUGACAGGUUUGAACUUGAUAUGUUGUUAGAGUCUGUAAAUAUGACAAAUCAGAGAGUUGAAGAGAUCUUAGAAAAGAUUAAUGCUAAUAUAAUUAAAGGAGACAGCCCAAUUCGUAUUGAGGAACACUUAACAGCCCUAAAUCUUAGGUGCAUUGAAAGAUUGUAUGGUGACCAUGGGCUUGAUGUGAUGGAUGUGUUGAAGAAGAAUGCAUCUUUAGCUUUGCCAGUCAUAUUAACCCGCUUGAAGCAGAAACAGGAAGAGUGGGCAAGAUGUCGUGCUGAUUUUAACAAAGUUUGGGCUGAAAUAUAUGCAAAGAAUUAUCACAAAUCACUUGAUCACCGAAGCUUUUACUUUAAGCAGCAGGAUACGAAAAACUUGAGCACUAAAGCCUUACUGGGAGAGAUCAAAGAAAUUAGCGAGAAGAAAAAAAAAGAAGACGAUGUUCUUCUUGCAAUUGCUGCUGGAAAUAGACGGCCUAUUAUUCCUAACUUGGAAUUUGAGUAUCCUGAUCAAGAAAUUCACGAAGAUUUGUAUCAGCUCAUCAAAUAUUCCUGUGGAGAAGUUUGUACAACUGAACAAUUAGAUAAAGUCAUGAAGAUUUGGACAACAUUUUUAGAACCCAUGUUUGGUGUUCCUUCUCGACUGUGUAUUCCCGAAGAUACAGAAGAUGCUGUCAAGGCUAAGAAUGAUUCUGCAAAAAUUGGCACUGCAAGUAUUGCCGAGGAUGAUGGUAGUCCUGACGGUGGUGCUACCGUAAUGAAUCCUAAUAAUUCAAACACUACUAGUAAUGGGGAUGCCAGUGUUCCAUUUGAACAGUCAAAUGCUUGCAAAGAAUGGCAAACAAAUGGGAUUGGUGGGGUUAAAGAGCAUGAUUGUCUCGAAUUAGACCACUCUGCUCCUAAGACUGAAACUUUGGGAAGUUGUACACAGCAAGGUAAAAUUCAGAUAAGUGCAUCCAUUGCUGAUGAAGUAUCAAGAGUCAAUAAGCAAGAUCAUUCCAUUGAACAGUUGGUGAAUGCUAAUGUCUCACUGUCCUCUGGAAUGGAGCAAAGUAAUGGAAGAACAAACAUGGAUAAUGCAUCAGGACUUACUGCAACUCCGUCUAGACCUGCUCAUGUUUCUGGUGAGGGAGGGCUUGAUUUACCUUCAUCAGAGGGUGCUGAUUCUACAAGACCAGUUACAUCCGCAAAUGGGGCUACCACUGAAGACACCAAAGUUCACAGAUGUCACAAAGAAUCAGUUGGACACUUCAAAAGUGAAAGAGAAGAGGGUGAAUUAUCUCCUAAUGGAGACUUUGAAGAGGAUAACUUUGCAGUUUAUGCAAAUGCUGGUCUGGAGGCAGUGCAUAAAAGAAAAGGUGGUAAUACCAGUCAACAAUACCAAAAUAGUCAUGGGGAACAAGUUUGUGGUGAAGCUGGAGGAGAAAAUGAUGCUGACAAUCAAAGUGAUGGAAGUCCUCAUAGAUCAUCAGACAGUGAAAAUGCGUCUGAAAAUGGUGAUGUUUCUGGUACAGAGUCUGCUGAUGGUGAGGAAUGUUCUCGGGAAGAACAUGAAGAGGAUGGGGAUCAUGAACAUGGUAACAAGGCUGAGAGUGAAGGUGAAGCUGAAGGAAUGACUGAUGCCAAUGAUGUUGAAGGAGAUGGAUCCUCAUUGCCAUAUUCAGAAUGCUUUCUUCUCACUGUUAAGCCUCUGGUAAAACAUGUUGGCCCAGUGCUGCAUGGGAAAGAAAAGAACGUUCAAAUUUUUUAUGGAAAUGACUCCUUUUAUGUGCUAUUUAGACUUCAUCAGACAUUGUAUGAGAGAAUACGAUCAGCAAAGAUUAACUCAUCUUCUGCUGAAAAGAAAUGGAGAGCUUCAAAUGAUACAAGUUCUACUGAUCAAUAUGGCAGGUUCAUGAAUUCUCUUUACAGUUUACUGGAUGGUUCUUCUGAUAAUUCAAAAUUUGAGGACGAUUGUCGAGCUAUUAUUGGAACUCAGUCAUACGUCUUGUUCACGUUAGACAAACUGAUAUAUAAACUUGUUAAACAGCUUCAAGCUGUUGCCAGUGCCACUGAUGAGAUGGAUAACAAACUUCUUCAACUAUAUGCAUACGAACAAUCAAGAAAAUCUGGAAGCUUUGUUGAUGUAGUCUAUCAUGAAAAUGCCCGUGUUCUUCUUCAUGACGAGAACAUAUAUCGCAUUGAGUGUUCCCCUACUCGAAUGUCUAUUCAGUUGAUGGACUAUGGACACGAUAAGCCUGAAGUGACUGCUGUGUCAAUAGAUCCUAAUUUUGCAACCUAUCUGUACAGUGAUUUCCUAUCUGUUGUCCCAGACAAAAAGGAGAAGUCAGGAAUUUUGUUAAAAAGGAAUAAAAAUAAAUAUGCCUUGAGUGAUGAAGUUUCAAACCAGGUCAUGGAUGGAGUACAAGUCAUCAAUGGUUUGGAGUGUAAGAUUGCAUGCAAUUCAUCCAAGGUUUCAUACGUUUUAGAUACUGAAGACUAUUUAUUUCGAACAAAAAGGAAAAGGAGAACUUUGUAUCAGAACAAUUCAUAUCGUGAACAGGCAAUGUCUUCAAACACUUGUUCAAGCAGAGUACAGCGGUUCUGCAAAUUAUUUUCCAUCAAAUGAUUGUAUCCUAUUUGAGCCACAUAUGUAAUUUCGGUCAUUCAUCAGUGGCACCGACACCAGAUGGCGCGAUGACAUGGCAUCCAAGAAAUGGAGAAAAAUAUGUUUUUCUGAGAUGUAACUUUCUUGCGUCCUUCACAUCUUCAACCCUUGCAACCAAAUAAGGCAUACAGGAAUGAGAUGAUGAGGCUCAGGAGAUUGUAUAAUAUUGUGACUGAUGAGUUAUAAUCAUGUAAAUAGAGGUAAUUUGUAAUGGAACUAGGAAACAUUUUUUUUUUCCAUUCAUCCAUCCAUCCACAUUUUUGUUAUCUGAAUAAGCUUCAAUUUCUUUCUUUAGUUGGCUACCAAUUUAUUGAGACUAUUCAAAUUAUGAAAUAUUUGGUGGCUGCAAUUGGCCACCACAUUUACUUACAUUGUGGAUCUUGGUCCCAAAAGAUAAUUUAACUUUGGAUUGAAUGCCACAUUCACUUUCAUUGCGUA